UUGCAUUAGAUUACAUCACAUUACAUUACUUACACACACACACAGCACACAAGGAAAAUCAAACAAAACCAUGUUCAACGCUGUGCGACAUUUUUUUUGCUUUUCACAUCGAGACCGCUGGCCAUGCUUUUCUUGAGACCUUGGACACUUUGCUGUUUGGCCCAGAGUCAGCCAAGAAUCGUAGGCUCAGGGGUUGAAAUGGAAGCAGUGCCCGAAUGGGGCACAGCCAACCAGUCCUAUGGCAUUGGUUAUCAUGACCAUGCCCGACGGAGCGCGGCCGAAACGCAGCCUAUUGCAGGGCUUUCUGCCUUUGAAGCUGCGUAUGCGCAGGCCGCCAAUGACUUCCCGCGUUUCGAGCGGCAGAUGAUCAAGAGCAUUUUCGACAAGGACGUCCUGGCCGGGACCAAGAAGCCUCACCCCGAGCUCCUGAAAAGGUAUCCGAAUCGUGAGAUACCUCAUGAGGACGAUCCGUAUGCUCGCACGCUUCGGACACCGAGCAACCAAUCCACGCGCUCCAGGCAGUCGGAGGCCAGUAGACGGUCUCAGGGAAGCAGGAGGAGUGCCCCCUCUGUGGCGGGCUCUUCGAUUGCCUCGUCGGUGCUGACCGCGCCACCUAGCGGCUACUACCGCCAGCUGCGGACGCCAAACCUGAUGUAUUUGACGUCAAAUAGUAGCAUCGGCGCUGGUGGGAGAGUGGUGGCCGAGCCACAGCCAGGGAGAGAAGUUUGGAUGGCUGGACGAGGAGGCGGUCAGCAGUCCUCCUUCGACAGUUGCUUGGUCUACAAAGGCAGCCAAGUCCCCUGGUGCGACCAAAGCAAGUGAGAUUGCAUGUCAACAUGUUUCUGAGCAUGACAUCCAAGUGCCGCACCAAAUGUUGGAGUAAAUCCAGUGAACACAGGAUUUGCUGCUACUUAAAGCUCUUGUCGCUCUUUUGCUUCAGCCACUUCAGUUGGAACCGACAUGUUCAAACCACUCGACAUGUUCGCCUGAAAAAAGACAUGCUGGCGAACACGCUUCUGCACCGACACCCUCAAAUCGAGGAGUGCCCAUCGGUGGUUUCACCUGAUCUGCAGAUGUAGGAUGCAACAUAUUUGACUCAUCAAAAAAUGACCGGCAAACCAGACUAUUAUAUAGGUUGGAGGCC